UGGUUUUUGUAAGAGCCCCCGUCGUCUUCUUUCUUUUUCAAUUUUCUUUCAUUUUCUCCGUUAAUUCAGAGCCACAUACCAAUCUCUCUCUCCCUCUCGCCCUCUUUCUCUCUGGCGAGAGCUCGGGAACUCGCCGGAGAGUCUGUGUCGCCGGAGACUCCAUAGAUUCCGAGAUAACUUAAAAUAAUUCUGUAGAAAAUGUGUAGAAAUGGAGGAGUGAGAUUUUUUUAAAGAGAGAAAAGGUGGAGAGUAACGUGGUUAACGUGCAAUGCAGAGAAAAAAGGGAAUCAAAGGAAGCUUUGGAGGAUCCUACACGGCACAGAUGUCUAGAUUAUCCCUUCUCUGUUCAAUUUCCCUCCCUUGCCUUAUGCCGUAAUUUAUUCGAUUUCUCUGUCUUCCUCCACCUCCGCUUAAAUUCUCCGCCCUCUCGCUCUCUCUCUUCUCUCUGAAUUGUGUUCCGUUUAGCGGAUUCUGAAGAGCUUCUUUGCUGGAGGUGGAGCUUAGAUUGCUUAGAGUGCAGUAGUGAAGCGCGGUAGCUGAAACUGUUGUGAACAUUUUUUUUUUCGUGGUCUGUAAAUUAUAGGACUAUCAAUCAUGCCAUCCGAAAUGAUGGAGCCGUCAUCAUUUUUCUCAGAGGAUGUUCGCUUUCCCCGUGAGAGGCAGGUUGGAUUUUGGAAGUCUAGCAACAUGCUCAAUCACGUUGGAAGUGGGACUCCAGUUGCUUCGUCACCCUGUGAGAAACAUGUACCUCUGGAGUGUCGGACAUUGAAGUCCAUGGAACAUCCUGAGUUCCUAAUGCAAAACCACACCGUGAAUCAUAGCUUAGAUAGGCCUGCAGUGGGAGCAGAGAGAGCAGCAAGUCCGUCCUUGCAUUUCUUGAGUCCAGGAGACACUGCUACGGGGACACGACCCAUCAUGAAAAUACCAAAAGCAUCUUACUUUUUGGAAGGGGAAAAAUUUAACGCCAUGAAUGCUCAAUCUGAGAAUAGUCUUUUCUCAAGCUCAUUAUCAGAGUUAUUUAGUAGGAAGCCAAGAUUAUCUUCAAACAAUGUUCCGUAUGGCCAUUCUAUUGAUACUGUUGCCUCUCAUCAUGAGGGAGAGGAUCCCUUGGAAUCCCUUGAAGAAAUGGAGGCUCUAACCAUAGGAGAUCUUCUCCCCAAUGACGAUGACUUGUUUUCUGGGUUAAUUGAUAGGCUACACAUCGUCAAACGUGAUGCUGGAGAAGAUCCUGAGCUAGACGUCUUUAGCAGUGUUGGAGGGAUGGAUUUGGGAGAUGACGAGUUUAUGCUGCAAAAAGAUUCUGAAUACCCCGAAGGAUUUUCUCAUGGUCAGCCCGGGUUAUAUAAUAGCUCGGUAGCUGGAGAACACCCUUAUGGCGAACUACCUUCAAGAACACUAUUUGUGAGAAAUAUAAAUAGCAACAUUGACGAUUCUGAGUUAAGGGCCCUUUUCGAGCAAUUUGGAGAUAUACGUACUCUUUAUACAGCCUGCAAACAUCGUGGUUUUGUUAUGAUCUCCUACUAUGAUAUUAGAGCAGCUAGAAAUGCCAAGAAAGCACUCCAGAGCAAACCAUUGAAGCAUAGGAAACUUGACAUUCAUUACUCAAUCCCAAAGAAUAACGCAUCUGAGGAGGACGUAAAUCAAGGAGCCCUUUUAGUAUUUAACCUUGAUACUUCUGUUGCAUGUAACGAUGACAUUGUCCAGAUAUUUAGGGCCUACGGAGAAGUGAAGGAGAUCCGUGAAGCCCCCAACAGGCUUCGUCACAAAAUUGUUGAAUUCUAUGACAUUAGAGCGGCAGAGACUGCUCUUCGAGCUCUAAACAAAAUUGAUAUUGCGGGCCAGCAGAUCACGCUUGAGCCAGGCCAUCCUGGUGGUUCAAGACGCUGCUUGGUGCGACAAUUUCCUCCAGAAUUGGAAAGUGGUAGUCGUAGCUCUUAUUUGCAACAGAAUAUCCCGCCGAAUAACUCAACCUCUGUGUUACCUGCUUUUGGGUCGGUUGGUGAUGGGAAUGUUACUCUUCCUGGACUUUCAUUUACAUGGAGCAGUUCCUAUCAACCACAGACCACAGGCAUGAUAUGGCCAAACUCACCUUCAUUUGUUAAUGGAGUUUGUGCGGGUCAGACCCCACCACAGGUGCAUGGACUUCCUAGAGCACCAUCCCAUAUGUUGAAUACUGUACCCAUGAACAACCACCGUGUGGGGUCAGCACCAACUGUCAACCCUUCUAUCUGGGACAGGCAGCAUGCCUAUGCAAUGGAGUCUGCUGAAGCUCCUGGUUUUCACCCAGGUUCUCUGGGGACCGUGAGAAAUUUUAACAAUUCAUUGCAUCCAAUGGAAUUUGUCUCUCCUAAUGUCUUUCCUCGAAUUGGUGCCAAUUUUAUGGAUCUCCCAAUUCCUCCUAAAAUCAUAGGAGUCCAACCCCAUCAUCAAAGGAGUGCAAUGUUCCCUGGCAGAGGCCCAAUGAUGCCCAUGAUGAGUUCAAUUGAUUAUCCUAAUGAUUAUGUGAGAAGCCGCAGAAAUGAGGGCAGUAUUAACCAGGCUGACAAGAAACAAUAUGAACUUGAUAUUGAUCGAAUAUUGCGAGGGGAGGACAGCCGAACAACUCUUAUGAUAAAGAACAUACCUAACAAGUAUACUUCUAAGAUGCUUCUGGCUGCAAUUGAUGAACGCCAUCGAGGAACGUAUGAUUUCAUUUAUCUACCGAUUGAUUUUAAGAACAAAUGCAACGUGGGGUAUGCGUUCAUCAAUAUCACUGAUCCCAGCUUGAUUGUCCCAUUUUAUCAGGCAUUCAAUGGAAAGAAAUGGGAGAAGUUCAAUAGUGAAAAGGUGGCAACACUUGCAUAUGCUCGUAUUCAAGGAAAAGCAGCUCUCGUUGCGCAUUUUCAGAAUUCAAGUCUGAUGAAUGAGGAUAAACGUUGCAGACCAAUCCUGUUCAAUACUGAUGGCCCAAAAGCGGGUGACCAGGUGCCCUUCCCAAUGGUGGUUAAUGUUCGAACAAGACUUGGGAAAGCUCGAAGCACCCAAGAUGAGAACCCACAAGAAUGCACACAAAACUUGUCUAACGGGGAGAAUUCUUCCAGUGGUAACACAUUCUCAGCUUCUUCAUAGGAGGCCGGAAUUUCGAACUGCUUGCUUUCCUUAUCCUAGGCACUAACCCACAUAGGACUGAGUGAUCCGCAAUUCUGCAUACCCAGAUGAAGUAAUAUUGGAGUGGCUUUAUUGGAGGAAAGUUUUUGCUGCUUCUGAGUGAAGAAUAAAAAAUGAAAAAUGUAUAGUGAGAGCUGAAGUUAUUUUCCAAUUUUCUUCAGUCGUAAAAAAAUUCUGAAAUAAUUAUAACAAAGGAGCAAAGAUACAGCUUCGAAAUUUGGAUGGCCCUUGGGCAUGUUUCUGUAUAAAGUAGAUGUACAUUCUGAGCAGUUUGAAGGAUCAUGUACCGGAGGCUUCUCAAUUAAUCUCUCUCUCUGGCAUUUUGUGUAACUGAUUUUGUUGUGAUUAAUAUCUCUUUGUGGAAUUUUGUAUAACUGAUUUUGUUGGCAUAUGUAUUUUUGUAUUGAAGCCA